GCGAAGCUCCACAAAGCACACAAAUAUCUUAAACCAUCUUUCAGUACGGAAGACAAACUCAAGAAAUUAUGUGAGAUUUGUAGUACUCUGAGAUAAAAGAUCCUCCUUGCAAAUACGAGAUCUUGAAUUCCCCCAAAACCCCAUUCACUAUGACGGAAACGGCCAUCUCUGCUGUGCUAUGCACUCUGGGCUUUCUGCUUUUGCUGUGGAAAGUUUGUUGCCUUUCUUUGAGGGCCAAGCGCUUCCGUUACAUGGCUUCUCUCUCUCCACAACAGGAUGCCCUGCUUCUCUUCAAGCUCACCAAUUUCGUAGAAUUUGCUUUUCUCUCAGAUAAAGCACUCCAAUUUGCACUGUUCAGAACUUUCGCCAUUCCUUCCAUCUCCAGAUUACUGCAGGCCACUAACCAAUUCUCCCCCACUAGUGUUACCAGACGCUACGACGAUACGGGAAUUCUGAUUCAGGAAUUUGUUCUGCAUCACGUAGACAGCCGUAGGGGAUCUCGUGCCAUCCGACGUCUGAAUUUCAUCCACGGCCAGUACAACAUCUCCAACGAUGACUUCUUGUAUACUCUCUCUUUGUUCAUUCUGGAGCCCAUCAGAUUUUCAAACAAGUACGGUUUCAAAAAAUGGACGGAAGGAGAGAAGCAGGCGCAGUUUAUAGUGUGGCGUGACAUUGGAGUACGCAUGGGCAUUAACAACAUUCCAGAGAGUUUGGAGGAGAUGGAUCGGUUUAGCAGGCAAUAUGAAACCUCGAACAUGGUGUAUUCCAAAUCGAACAAAGUGAUUGGGGACGCCACGCUAGAUCUGUUGUUGUCCAAGGUGCCUGCUUUACUCCGCCCCCUGGCGAAGCGGGCCGCCUUUUGUUUGUGUGAUAAUAAGCUACUGGACGCAAUGGGGUAUCCAUGCCAGCCAUUGUGGUUCGUCUGGACUGUGGAGAGCAUUGUGAAAUUCUGGUGUGGGACUUUUGUGAUCUGGUUUUUACCUCCGAGACCAAUGAGUUGGUCGACUCAGAGAAUUCCAUUGCAGGAAGAGGAGGAGGAGGAAGAAGAUGAGGUGGUGUACAAACUGAGAUACCAGAUGUACAAACCAUGGACGUAUCCAGAUGGGUACAAGGUGAGCAAAGUGGGAGCUGCACCAGGUGGGCGUGUGGGCAAGCUGGGUGAGGGGCCUCUGUUAUGUCCCUUUCCUUACAAAAAGGAGAUUGAGUGAUGGCAAUUGAAACUCUACUUUGGUUAAUAAUUGGAAGGUUUCGGCUAUCAACUACUAAAUUAACAAGAGACGCAAAGUGUCAAGUUUCUAUCGAUAUGUUUUAGUUUGUUGUACAGUUUUAGUGGAAGAAGCAUUUGGCUUAAGCUUUUGUAUAAGACAAUGGUGUUGGACAAGACUGAAUUGGAUGUGUUAUAUAACAUUUGACUUUCUAUAUGAUCGGGUAUUGCUUGUAAUGUGCAAAAGCAACUUUUUACUUUUGAAGCUA